AUGUCUGUCAUGGCAAGGGACAAGAAGUGUCUUCUGUCUAUCCCACUGGGGUUUACAUGUGCAAUCUUUGAAUACGGGCGGCCAUCUGCUGACGAUGACACCUCUUCAGAGCUGCAGCGGAUUGCUGCCUUGGAUGAGGACGGCCGGCAAUCCCACGCUGCCCAUUGUGGGAAAAAGGGCCUUGGCAGGAUAGCCCGGCUGGUGGUGGUGCUCAGGGAAUGGGCCAACAAAGGUCGGCGAGCAGAACAGGAGCGCGUGGAUUCUUUCCUUGAACGCUUUCGUGGGCCGGAUGUGCAGACCUUGACUACAGCCACUAGUAGUAAAGAAAGCCAAGAUAAAGAGGGUGGCAAAAAGAAGAAGAAAAGGGAGUUGUUUGUAGUGAACCCUUCUGGGGACUGGUACUACCGCUGGCUGAUGGUCAUUGUAGUGCCUGUUCUGUAUAACUGGUGCCUGCUGGUAGCACGAGCCUGUUUUAGUGAGCUCCACCAGCGGUACUUGAUCCUUUGGCUGGUUCUGGACUAUGUCUCCGAUGUCAUCUAUCUCAUGGACAUUAUCAUCCGGCUGCGCACAGGUUUCCUUGAUCAGGGCUUACUUGUCAGAGACCCCAAGAAGCUGGGUGAUAAAUAUGUUGCCACCUUACAAUUCAAGCUUGAUAUCCUCUCCGUCUUACCCACUGAUUUCGCAUACUUUGCCACGGGCUUAAACCAGCCUGAGGUACGCUUCAACAGGCUGCUGCACUUCUCCCGCAUGUUUGAGUUCUUUGACCGGACUGAGACAAGGACCAGCUACCCAAACAUCUUUAGGAUCAGCAAUCUAGUGAUGUACAUCUUGAUCAUCAUCCACUGGAAUGCCUGCAUUUAUUAUGCCAUUUCUAAGGCCAUUGGCUUUGGAGAAGACACCUGGGUUUAUCCAAACAUAUCGGAUCCAGAGUAUGGCUAUCUGACAAGGGAGUACAUCUAUUGUCUCUACUGGUCUACCCUGACCUUGACAACCAUUGGAGAGACUCCUCCUCCUGUGCGUGACGAAGAAUACCUCUUUGUCAUCUUUGACUUCCUGAUUGGUGUCCUCAUCUUUGCUACGAUCGUGGGAAACGUGGGCUCCAUGAUCUCCAACAUGAAUGCGACCCGAGCAGAGUUCCAGGCCAAGAUCGAUGCUGUCAAGCACUAUAUGCAGUUCCGCAAAGUAAGCAAGGAUAUGGAGGCCAAGGUCAUUAGGUGGUUUGACUAUCUCUGGACCAAUAAGAAAACUGUGGAUGAAUGGGAAGUGCUCAGCAACCUGCCUGACAAACUGCGAGCAGAGAUAGCCAUCAAUGUCCACCUGGAGACUCUGAAGAAAGUGAGGAUAUUCCAGGACUGUGAGGCUGGGCUCUUGGUAGAGCUCGUGCUCAAGCUCCGCCCUCAGGUUUUCAGCCCGGGUGAUUAUAUUUGCCGGAAAGGGGACAUUGGUAAAGAGAUGUAUAUAAUCAAAGAAGGGAAGCUGGCUGUGGUGGCCGAUGAUGGCAUGACUCAGUAUGCUUUGCUAACCCCAGGGUGCUGCUUUGGUGAGAUCAGCAUCCUCAACAUCAAAGGGAGCAAGAUGGGGAACAGGCGGACAGCAAACAUACGCAGCCUUGGCUACUCUGACCUCUUCUGCCUGUCGAAGGAGGACCUCAUGGAAGCAGUGACUGAGUACCCCGAUGCCAAGAAAGUCCUGGAGGAACGUGGCCGUGAGAUUCUGAUCAAAGAAGGGCUGUUGGACGAAACAGGUGCUUCUGAAAGCAUGGAUGGGAAUGUGGGACAUAAGCUGGACAGGCUGGAGACAAGCCUGGAGACACUGCACACCCGCUUCUCCCGGCUCUUGACUGAUUAUGAUGCAGCCCAGAUGAAGCUCAAACAGCGCAUAACCUUCUUGGAGAACAAACUGAAGAAAUACAACCAGGAUGACUUUUUCUCUGAUGCCUCUGAAACCCCCCUGGAGGAUGAAGCGAAAGCCAAACCAUGA